AUGAGCGAAAUGCGGGCGAUCCGUUUCCACAAGACCGGCGAGGUGGAUGUGAUUCAGCAGGACACGGUGCCUGUGCCGAAGCCGAGUGCGACGCAGGUCGUGAUCCGUACUGAGCUGGCUGGCGUCAACUUUAUUGACAUCUACUUUCGUUCUGGCGUCUACCCCAGCGAGCUCCCCCGGACGCUCGGCCAAGAGUGCGGCGGGAAGGUGGUGGAAGUCGGCGCGGAGGUGACCGACUUUCAGGUCGGCGACAAGGUCGUCGCGCUGUCGCACAAUGCGUUUGCGGAGCGUGUCGCGGUCGACCAGCGCCUCGUUGCCAAGGUGCCGGAGCGCGUCGAUUUGCGGUCCGCCACCGCGCUCUUUCUGCAAGGCUUGACGGCGCUCACGCUCACGCAUGCGGCCUACCCCGUGCAGGCCGGCGACUGGGUGCUGGUGCACGCUGCUGCCGGUGGCACUGGCCUGCUGAUUGUGCAGCUGUGCAAAGCGCUCGGCGCGCACGUCAUCGGCACGACGUCCACCGAAAAGAAGGCGCAGAUUGCCAAGGAGCACGGCGCGGAGCAUGUGCUGCUCUAUGGCGAGCACAACACGCCCGCGGACAAUGCGAAGCGUGUGCUGGAGCUGACCGAGGGCCGUGGCGUGCAGGUCGUCUACGACUCGGUCGGCCAGGCGACGUGGGACGCCAACUUUGACGCUGUCGCGCGUCUCGGCACGCUCGUCUCCUUUGGCCAGUCGAGCGGCACGCCUGAGCCCAUGGCGCUCGCGCGUCUGAGCCCCAAGAAUCUCAAGGUGCUGCGCCCUACGCUUUUCAACUAUGUUGCGACAAAGGAGGAGAUGGCGCACUAUGCACAGCAGCUCUUUGGCUUCCUUGCCGACGGCAAGAUCCGGGAAAAUGUCUGGCCGGCAAGCUGCUGA